UUCGCUGCCUCAGAGACUGCCCAUUUACACAGAGACGAAGAAGAAAGCGUCCCUCUUCCGCCGCUGGUUAUGUCAAGCUAAUCGAUUGGGCCCUUUUCCGGAAUCGGCGGCGAUAUAUUUACCAAUAAAUUUGUCUUUAAACAUAUUAAUAGGGUUUCUUUUUUUGUCAGACACUUCUGAACCAACGGAAGUGGAGUUAAAAUGGGAGACCCUGCUUAUCAUCGAGACUGCCCCCUUGACUGCAAAGUUUACGUGGGGAAUCUAGGCAACAAUGGCAAUAAGACGGAGUUAGAGCGAGCCUUUGGAUACUACGGCCCUUUAAGAAGUGUUUGGGUUGCCAGGAACCCCCCAGGUUUCGCUUUUGUUGAGUUUGAAGAUCCCAGAGAUGCAUCUGAUGCUGUGAGGGAGCUGGAUGGCAGGACUAUGUGUGGCUGCCGAGUACGUGUCGAACUAUCCACUGGGGAGAAACGCUCCAGGAGCCGUGGCCCUCCACCGUCUUGGAGUAGGCGCCCUAGGGAUGAUUUUCGACGGCGUAGUCCUCCGGUCAGACGCAGAUCACCAAGGAGGAGGAGCCUGAGCCGUAGUCGCAGCAGGUCUCUUUCAAGAGAUAGACGCAGAUACCGGUCUCUUUCCAGAGACAAGAACCGCAAGCGUUCAAGAUCCUUCUCUCGGUCAAGGAGUCGUUCCAGGUCUACUGAAAGGAAAUGAAGAUCUUGAAUUUUGGAGUCAUGUUGAAGGUGCAAGAAGACAGUUUUGUAUUUUUGAUUUUCUUUUCAGAGUUUCUUUCCAGCCUGAAGGUGAUCUAAGAGCAGUAAUGGAAUACAAAUGUGUGUUAAAUGACGACUAAGGACUUCAGUCUUUUUUUUUUUCUUUUUUAUCAGCUGGUUUGGGAAGAUUUUCAGAUUUUACUUCAAUUUUUUCUGUCUCAUUCGUGUAAAAGAAAAUCCAGUCUUGCCCUGCAUGUUUUCACAGAGUACUGUAUUUAGUUGAACAGUAAUGUGCUUUUUAAAUGUUGAAUUAAACUUUUGAUUUUUGUUUGUUUUCAUCGUUUUAUUCUUGGUUGUCUCCUCUUUCGUUCAGUGGGUCAAGUGUGAGAUGCAGUAGUGUGUAUACAUUCAACACAAACUCAAAUAAACAUGACAUUUAGAACUGUA